GUGGUUGACCCAUCAGAGGAGUUUUAUUAUGGAUGGCUCCAGGUCAUGAUUUUUCCCAUCUUCUACAACUGGAUCCUCAUCAUCUGUAGGACAUGCUUUAAGGACAUAGAGGAUGCAUUCCUGACACUGUGGCUCACGCUGGACUAUUGCUCCGAUCUCCUGUACGUGGCUGAUACCAUCAUCAAAUUUCGCACUGGUUUCCUGGAACAGGGCAUCCUGGUGCAGGACAGGGACCGUCUGAAGAAGCGUUACCUCUUCUCCUCACGUUUCCUGUUGGACCUAGCCUCCCUACUGCCCACCGACCUCCUAUAUCUGUACUUCGGCAUUCACCAGCCGCUGGUGAGGGUCAACCGCUUCCUCCGUAUCUCCCGGCUUAACGAAGCCAUGGACCGCAUGGAGACCCGCACCUCCUACCCCAACACCUUCCGCAUCUCCAAGCUUAUGCUCUACAUCUUCGUGCUCAUCCACUGGAACGCCUGCAUCUACUUCGCCCUGUCCAGUUACAUCGGCUUCGGGGUGGACCGUUGGGUUUACCCAAACAUCUCCGACCCUGUGUUCGCCCCCGCGAGGCACCAGUACAUCUACUGCUUCUGGUUCUCUGCGCAGAUCUUCACCACGGUGGGCGACACGCCACUGCCCGACCGUGAGGAGGAGUACCUGUUUAUGAUCGCUGACCUGCUGAUCGCCGUGCUGGUGUUUGCCUCCGUCGUGGGGAACGUGGGGAACGUCAUCACCAACCUCAGGGACCGAGACAACGUCUUCUUCCCCAACCACGAGCUGGUCAAAGGUUACCUGCGCAACAGGUACAUCAGCAAGGAGUUGCGUAACCGUGUCAACGACUGGUACCAGCACCUGUACAUCAACCGUAAGAUCACGAGGGAGAACGAGAUCCUGCAGCAGCUUCCUGUCCAGCUGCAGACGGAGAUCGCUGUGAGCGUACAUCUGCCAACGCUCUCCAAGGUCACCAUCUUCCAGAACUGUGAGACCAGUCUGCUGGAGGAGCUGGUGCUCAAACUCAUCCCGCAGGUGUAUAGUCCUGGGGAGUAUGUGUGCAGAAAGGGGGACGUGGGACAUGAGAUGUACAUCAUUAAGGAUGGGAAACUGGCUGUGGUGGCAGACGAUGGCGUCACACAGUUCGCUGUGUUGAGUGACGGCAAUUUCUUCGGGGAAAUUAGCAUCCUGAACAUCAAAGGAAACAAAUCAGGCAACCGUCGGACGGCCAACAUCCGCAGCAUCGGCCACUCAGACCUGUUCAGCCUUUCCAAGGAGGACCUGACAGACGUGCUGUCUGAGUUCCCAGCUGCCAAGAGACACCUGGAGGAGAAGGGCCGUCAAAUCCUCACUAAGAUGGGCAUGUUGGUGGAGGCCGCGGAAGGCGAGGAGGAGCAGGACGAGGAGAAGGUGGAGGUCAAGGUGGAGAGACUGGAGGGUAACCUGAACACCCUGCAGACCAAGCUGGCCCGUCUAAUGGCAGAGCUGGAGUCCAGCAACCGCAAGAUCCUGGCCAGGGUGGAGCAAUUGGAGCUAGAAACAGAGGGCUGGGAGGACAACCCGUUUGAGGAGGGAGGGGAAGAGGGAGGGGAGGUGGAGAGAAGGGACGGGGUGGGGAUGGAAGUUGAGGGGGAGCGAGGAGAGGUGGAGGGAGAGGAGCAGGCGAAGGGGACUGAAAUAGAUGAUGAGAGAGAGGGAAAGGAUGAAGGAUAUGGAGAGGAAAAAUGA